AUGGUUUCCAGGGCAUGCGCUUUCUUCUUGCUUGGGGCUGCCCAGGUGUACGCUCAGCAAGCACUCCGAGUAAUUUCUUUCAACAUCCGAUACGACAACAGCGAUCUGGGCUUUGGUGAUGCUGAACAAGGCUGGCUGGGUUUGACAUGCGCCAGCGAUCAAACCUUAUGCCGCGCACCGGGUGUCAUUGGCACUCUGGUUAAUCAAACCGCCGAGGUCUCAAACGUUGCUGUCGUGGGUCUGCAGGAGGUACUGGACAACCAACUGAACGACAUCAUGACCGCACUGGGCUCCAACUGGGCCAGCAUCGGCGUGGGCCGCGACGACGGGAAGAGCAAAGGAGAAUUCAACCCCAUCAUCUACCGCAAGGACGUCUUCGAAGCAGAGCACUCAGAGACAAAGUGGCUCUCCCUCACGCCAGACUCGCCCUCCAAGGACUGGGGCUCGGGCAGCACCCGGCUCGUCGAGAUCGCCGUGUUCAAGCACAUCGCGACCGGGAGAAGGUUUAUCCACGCCAACACGCACCUGGACAAUGCCAGCGGCGAGGCCAGGACCAACCAGAUCGGCGUGGCCGUCGACAUGAUCAAGGCCGUCGACACCAAGUUCGGGCCCAACCUGCCCGUUACGCUGACUGGCGACUUUAACGCCGCCGAGAGCGAUGCAGCAUACAAGACCCUGGUCAACGAGAAGUACGUCGACGACCUGUUUAAGGUUGCGUCGUCAGCCCAGCGCAGUGGGCAGACGGCAACAUUUACCGGCUUCAGCGACGAGUUCUCUUCGCGUAUCGAUUACAUCUGGAUUGGUCCCCAGGGCAAGAAGGCGUUUUCGGUGAAUGGGUACAAGACCUUGGACAACUUUGUGAGUGGGGUCAAGAUCAGCGAUCACAGGCCUGUGGUUGGGGACGUCACCUUGAACUAG